UUGUAUUUGAAUGCCGAUAUAUUCCUGUUUGAUGAUCCACUAAGUGCUGUUGAUGUUCCAGUCGCGAAACAUAUCUUCGAAAAAUGUAUAAUGGAAUAUUUGAAAGACAAGAUUUGCAUUUUAGUUACACACCAAGUGCAAUUUUUAAACUCUGCAAGUAAAAUUUUAGUGUUAAAUAAGGAAACUUGUGAAAUUAUUGACAAUUACAAUACAAUAGAAAAUUUAGAAAUGCUUACAGGAAUUUGGUCUGAUAAAGAAAUCGCUGAAAAGAGGAUGGAAUUGAAAACUGAGCUUUUCAACGAUGAUAAAAUAAUUGAAAAUACUCAAAGUAAUAUUUCUGAUGAUAUUAAAGAUAGUAACAACACUAAUGUGGAAAAUGAAAAUAAGAAAAUACCACGUGACGAUGAAGAAGAUGGAACAAUAGGAAUUUCAGUCUAUAAAGAAUAUUUGAAUGCUGGAGCAAGUUUUCUCUUCAAGAUGUUCUUAUUAAUUAUGCUAGUUGUAGCACAAUCCGUUACAAAUGUCAGCGACUAUUGGCUUGUCAAAUGGUUGCACAACAAACGAAUCUAUACGGAAAAUGUUGAUAGUGUUGAAAAUAUGACAUUUAAGACAAGAAUAUUUAACAAUAGUGAAGACAAAAAUUUAUAUUAUAGUGAAGAAUACAAUGUAUAUGUUUACUUUGGACUAAUAUGUGCAGUGUUCUUUACGAUGACAAUUUCUGGAUUAUUAUUGUACAAUUUUUUCAUUGCUGCAUCUUUGAAGCUGCACAAGAAUAUGUUCCAUUGUAUUAUUCGAACUCCAAUUUCAUUUUUGGAUAACAAUCCUGCUGGAAAAAUUCUAAAUCGGUUUUCCAAAGAUAUGAAUAACGUAGAUGACCUUUUACCUAUCAAUGUUCACGUUGCAUUGAGAGGAUUGUCUCUGAUCGCUGGCAUGUGUGUUCUUCAAGCGAUCCUCUGUCCUUAUGUUCUCAUAUUGACAUUUGUGCUUUCAAUGUUAUUCUAUUUUACGUGGACGAUUCACAGCCGUGUUCUGAAAAGCAUCAAACUUAUGGAAGGAAAAUCAAGAAGUCCAGUAUUUUCUCAUCUGAGUGUAUCUCUUUAUGGACUGACAACCAUUAGAGCAUUUAAAGCUGAAGAUAAAUUUUUAUCCACCUUUAAUGAGUAUCAGGAUAAGCACACUGCAACGUGGAUUAUUUACAUUGCAUUAAAUCGUUGUCUUUCUAUAUAUGGUCACAUCAUUUGUUACGUAAAUUUCCUUAUUACUGUUAUUAUUUUUAGUGUAUCAGUUCAUUCAGAUGAUGCAGGAAGCCAAAUUGGACUUGUUAUGAACUAUGGAGUACUAUUUGUAAUGUAUUUUCAAGGCCUUAUUAGAACUUCAUCUGAAGUGAAUUUUCAGAUGAAUUCUGUAAAACGUAUACUAAACUACAGCAAAUUAAAAUCAGAAGCAUCGUACGAAAGUUUACCUGAUAAACGGCCACCUUCGGAUUGGCCACAAAAGGGAAAAAUUGAUUUUGAUGAUGUGUCUUUACAAUAUUCCAAGGACAAAAAUAUUGUUUUGAAGAAUUUAUCUUUUCGAAUUCACUCGGGAGAAAAGAUAGGAAUUGUUGGAAGAACAGGAGCUGGAAAAAGCUCUAUAAUUGCUUCGUUAUUUCGCAUGACAGAGCCAACAGGAACAAUAACCAUUGACGGAAUUGACACCAAAGAUAUUGGUCUUCGGGAUCUACGUAGUAAAAUAUCUAUCAUUCCUCAAGAUCCAAUGUUAUUUACCGGUCCACUUCGAAGAAAUAUCGAUCCUUUUAAUGAAUAUUCAGAAGAAAUUCUAUGGCAAGUUAUAGAAGAGGUUCAAUUAAAAGAAGUUAUCAGUUCGUUGCCUGGGGGACUGGAUACACAUUUAUCAGAAGGAGGACGAAAUUUUAGCGUAGGAGAAAGACAGUUAAUUUGUCUUGCCAGAACGAUUCUUCGCCAGAAUAAAAUUCUCGUCAUGGAUGAAGCAACAUCCAAUAUAGAUAAAAACACUGAUUCCUGCAUACAAAAAAUAAUUCGAGAGAAAUUCAAAUCGUGUACCGUGUUGACAAUAGCCCAUAGAUUACAUACAAUUAUCGAUUCGGACAGAGUACUGGUUUUAGAUAAUGGAAAACUUCAAGAAUUCGACAUGCCAUAUAAAUUACUAAAGAAUGUGAACGGUACUUUUUAUAACUUGGUAAAAAAGACUGGAGUUACUUCAAUGAAUGAGCUAUAUAAAAUUGCUGAAAAUAAAUAUAAUGUUCAAGAAUGUAUGGAAAGAACGUCAUUAUAAAACAGUGGAUUUUCCUCGAUAUAUAUUAUCCUUGUGUAUUUCUCGUGUUGUUUUUAUAUUGUAUUGUAUUGUUGUACUCGGAAUCAUCUCUGUUUCUGCAUGUCAUUUAGGACAUAAAAUUGUUAAAAUCUUUAGUAAAAAGUGUUAAAACUUAGAUACUAUUUGUAACGGUAAAAAACUUAUAGGCAUUAAUGUUUAACAAAUUUUAAACAUUACUGUAAUGUAAUCACAAAUUUUUUCAGAUAAUCAUGUUAAAACAAUUUACAAUGGUUUAUUUGCA